CGCCGUCGUGACUGGAUUGCUCAUCUCUUGGCGGGAGACCGGCCCAGGCUACCGCCACCUACCCCUCUUUGCAGUCACGCGUUAUUCAAAUUCAAAUUUCCCUUUCCUUCUUCUUCUUCUUAUCUCCGCUCUUUUAUAAGAAUAAUGAACAUCAAGGUUUUUAAAUACAACAUGGAGAACUAGUUUUUAUCCAUUUCGCUCAGCUUAAUACAAGCUAAACGACGGAGAACUCACAGAAUGCAUCUCCUUCACUGCAAAUCUUGAUGCUCAAACUCUAGUCUAAAGAAUGUUCGCUUCCGUCGCGUUCGCUUAGUCGACGCUCAGCCUACAAAUAACUUGCCAAGUUCAUUCGACGCUCGACGAUGGAACAACUCGUGCAGUUCAAGAUCAACUGCAGUUCUCCUCCCUCCUCCUUCGUUAUUGUCCUCGUUGCAACGGUGACCCUUUUGCAAGGUGUGGCCCAAGGCAUCCGGAUCACGGAGAUCGUAGUGCCGGACAUGAUCGUGGCGGGAGGAAUCGGCGACCUGGAAUGUCGGUGGAAAGAGGACGGCGAUAAGCUCUAUUCGGUCAAGUGGUACCAGGCGGCCGAAGAAUUCUAUCGGUACACGCCCAAGGCGUACCCUCAGCUAAUGAUCUUCGACACGCCCACGUUAGACGUUGAUGUGAAGAGGUCACUAGGGGGACACGUGGUUAUCGCCAACGUGACCCUGGACGCCUCUGGUCCCUUCUUGUGCGAAGUUUCGGCGGAUUCACCCACCUUCCACACCGAUUCGCGCCAGGCUAACCUCAGCGUCGUGGACCUACCGGACACUAGGCCUAUCAUUUCGGGUGUCAAACGGCCUUACUUGCCUGGAGACUGGGUGGAUAUUACUUGCACAUCGAAAAGAUCAAAGCCUCCCCCGGAAUUAUCCUUCACCAUCGAUAAUGAGCCGGCUCAGGCGGGAUGGAUAGAGCCCCAGGUCGACUACACCGACUCCGAAGGACUCAGCGACUCGGUCCUUCGAAUGCGCCUUCCCCUGUUGCCCAAGAUCCUAAAGGGCGUGGGAUACGCAAAGGUCAGGUGCUCCUCCGCCAUAGCAGACAUCUACAGAGAGGAGUCCUUCGACGUCCUCACAACCAUCUCGCCUUUCCACGACUCUGUCCUCGGAGGCGCCGCCAGAGCAGAUGGAUCACAAGGCUUCUGUUUACGAGUCAUCUCGGCCAUGAUGCUAGUCGCAUUUGCCUUCUUUUAACCAGAGUCGUGUUUUGCCUUCAAAAGGGAAGAUAAAAUGGAGACGAAGGAAUCGAGGAUAUGGCCUUGACGCUUCGCCGAGGAAGAGAAAAAUCACGCCAGCAGAAAUUUACGACUUCUUCUUCCCUAUAGAACCCCUAAGCGAACUCGCUAGUCUCAACCCCUCUCCCCAACCAAUUUUUAAAAUGAGAUUUUAAAAAAGUCGUUUCGAUCAUGUCUCGUUCUCUGUGAUGUUAGGUUAGAGGGUAGACUCGUUCGUAAUUCGUAGGUACUAGCUACUUUUUAACAACACGAAGGUUAUGUUUUACUUCUUUCCCACAGAUAUUUGACGAAGAAUUCAUUCUGAAAUUACGCUGUCCGUUUCAAGAUGGCUACGUAUUCGUCUGAAAGGACAGCGACUCUGUAACCGUUAGGAGUUUUAUUUAAAGAUCUUUCAUAAUACGUUUUCUAGAAUCCACACUUUAUAUUAUUUAUAAAUCCAUAUACAAACCUGUUUCUUGAAAAAAAAAACACAUUCCAUAUAAUAAUACUAAUAAUAAUACAAUAAAUGUACUAUUCCUAAUUCAAAUCCGUUACUUUAGACAAGAUAUUUUUUUUUAAACUGUCCUGUACCGAAAUAACAUCCAUAUUAUACAA